AUGUCCCGGGAUGAGACAGUGUGUAAAUACUGUGGAGUCAGCUAUUUGAUACUUCAUGAAUUUAAGGCAAUGGAAGAAAAGGUAAAAGCAAUGGAAAAGGAGAUUAAAUUUUAUGAAGGAAGUAUAGAACGGGAAAAAGGACUUCAAGCAGAACUGCAGUCUCUUUACCAAGACCUUCAACACUAUCGAGCUGACAGUGAAUCAAAAACAGAAAGAAUCUAUCAGCUGGGCAUGGAACUUAAAAGCAAACAAGAUGAAUUAAAAAAUGUGAAAGAAGAUUUGCGGUAUUUUCAAGAGGAAAAGGAAGCUGCCUAUAAGCAAUCACAAGUGGUCAGAAGUGAACUAGACAGUAUUAAAGAAGUCAUCUCCAGUAACCUAGAGAACUGGGCUGCCAUGAAAGAAGAAAUUUUUCUACAAAUAAAAACUGUUAGCAAAGAAGCUUUGACAGAAAUACCUAAAUUGAAUCAAAGAUUAGCAAAAUCCCAGAGAGAGAAUGAAUGCCUCCAAGAAAAGGUGAAACAUCUGACGUUGGUGGCUGACACAGUUGAGCUGAAAACUCAGCAGCUUCAAACUUCACUUCAGCAAGGGAGUGAGCUACAAAGUAGGUGCCGUGAACUACAAAAGGAAACAUUAGAUUUAACAAAUCAAAUAGAGACAAUUGGACUGAAGCUGCAGAAAGUAACAGCUGAGAUGGACCACUACAAAAAGCUGUUAAUGGUGAAAUCAACGGAACUUGAUGUCUGCCAAAAUGAACUGAAAAAAAUGAAAUACGAAAAUGGAAUUUCUGAGUCAAGACUUACAAAAGAACUCAAGGAAAAGGAGGAAUCUCUUCUAAUUUGCCAACAAGUAUGCAAACAUUUACAGGAAGAGAUGGCUGAGAAAGAAAGGAAAGAAGAAGAUCUAAAAAGAAGAACCGGUCGAUCAGAAAGUGAGCUGGAAGCACUUAAAGCUCUUCUUAGACAAACAGAGGAAGAGGUGGUGAUGCUGAAACAAGAAAGGGAGUUAAUGCUGAUUUCUCAUCAGAACAGAACAGAGCAGCUGCAGGAAACAUUAAGACAGAAGAUGUGGAAUGAAGAUAACUGGAGAGAGAAGAUGGAAAUUGAUCUGGCUAAAGGUGAAGCACGACACAAAGAAGCAAUUCUUAAAGUCAAGGAAGAAGCGAGAGUGGAACUAGACAUUGAAAGACAAAAACAGCAAGAACUUAUCACAAAGUAUCAGAGAGAUCAUGAAGAGCUCCAGAAUAAGAUACCAGGAUUAAUAUCCAGUGCCACCACUAGCUUAAGGAUGGAGACAGAAAUUCUUGAAAAGAAGCUACAAGAUGCCCAGCUCAAACUUGCAGAGAAAGAUGAAGAUAAGGAAAAAGAAAUUCAGAGCCUUAAAAGACUAAUUACUGAACUUGAAUUUCAGCUGACGAUGGAAAAGAACAAUAAUGAAUCAUUUCUGGAUAAUAUGAGGAAAGAAAUUAAACACAAGUCAGAUGAACUGGAAAAAUUAACCCAGGAGAGGACACAGCUGAUUCACAAUUUGAGUCAAGUUCAAGAGGAGAAUACUCUUCUCCAGGAAACGGUGCGCAGAGAGUGUGAGGAACGCUAUGAGCUGACUGCAGCUUUGACUCAAGCCAGGGAACAAGUACUGGAGCUAAAAAAGCUCAGUGGAAACUUCCCGUUAUCGCCGUGUUCCCUGACUCAGGGCAGCUUAACCUCCUCUGCUGCCCUGCUCGCUGAUUACGGACAGAAAAGCCGCACAAGCCCCGGCGCUGGGAAGGAAAUCAAUCUCUCCAGACAGUUUGGUAUUUCAAGAGCUGCUAAGGCACCCACCUCCAGUAAGCGUAACAGCAGCGGCAGCGUGGGCUUGCCAGCUCUAACCCCACCGCAUCCUCCAAGAGGAAGGGCGGCUUCGCUGAAUGAGCCUCGGAGCAGGAUUGCUGCAGUUAUAAGAAGACAACUGAGUCAGCUCUGA